GUAGACUUUGGUCAAUCAUCACGAUGGUUCAAAACUCUUUCCUCUUCGAAAUCUAAAAAAAAUUAAAUCCCAGCAUAAAUACCCCUACUUUGAAGUCAUUUCUUGUACAGGAUUCUUGAUUCAAUGGCCACAUCUCUUCUCUGCUUAUUUCUUGCACUUGCAACACUUUCUCAGGCGUCGGCCAACGGUGAAGUGGAAGUGUUGAAAGUGUUCAAGGCUAAUUUGGUGGAUCCAUACAAUGUUCUUGAGAGUUGGGAUGUCACCCUUGUUAAUCCUUGCACCUGGUUUCACGUUACUUGCAAUGCUAAAAAUCGAGUCGUAAGAAUUGAUCUCGGCGAUGCGAGUUUGUCCGGUCGACUAGUUCCGCAGCUUGGCCAGCUGCGGAGUUUGCAGUACUUGGAACUAUUCAACAACAGGAUAAGUGGAGCAAUCCCGAGGGAGAUUGGAAAGCUGAAAGAGUUGGUGAGUUUGGAUUUAUAUCGCAACAGGCUUUCUGGUUCCAUCCCGGACAAGCUGGGCAACCUUCAAAGACUGCGUUUCUUGAGGCUCAAUUAUAACUAUUUAAGUGGACACAUUCCCAUGUCCCUCACCACCAUCACCACUCUUCAAGUCCUUGAUCUCUCAAAUAACAAACUGACAGGCCCAAUUCCAGUGAAUGGAUCCUUCAGUCUGUUUACUCCUAUCAGCUUUGCUAAUAACUCGUUGGAUCCUCUUCCAACCUUCCCGCCUUCGCCUUCGCCUUCGCCGUCGUAGUCGCCAUUGCCAUCAUGUAAUAACGGUCUGUGACCGAUCCUUUGAGCUAUGGAUAUGAUACUUAUUUUUGUGUAUUGUUUGUUUGGUAAGUAAAGUUACAGUAUUGAUUACUUGAUCCUUUAUCGAUUAGAAAUUAAGAAUGCACUACGGAAAAAUUGCAUUUCUUGUGUAAAAACAAUUUAUAAUUUAUUAAUACUAUAAAUAAGUGUCAUUUUCUCGUGUUA